GCACACUGCAAACUGAAUUGCGCUAGACAGCACCUGGAAAGGGCCGAAACCGACAAAAGUUUAAAAUAUGAAUGGAAAGCUGAUGCUUGGUGUCAUCCGGGCCCUUAGGGUGAGCACCUGUCGCCAGUGGCAAGCUCCUGCCGCCGGGAUCACAGUGCGCCACUACGCAUCUCCACCGAAGCGAUUCUACAAGAAGACGUCCGUGCUGAGCGGCGACGGCGGUUACGAGGUGGUGCUGGACCACCGGAAGCUGAAGACGCCCAAGGGAUCGCCCUUCGUCGUGCGCAGCGAGCCACUGGCCAUUGCCGUGGCCACGGAAUUCGACGCCCAGAAGGAGCACAUCGAGCGAUCCCGCAUGCACCUGUCCGCCCUCUGCUUCACGGCCAUCGACAAUCCGAACCAGCUGAGCAAGCUGGACAUGGUCAACUACCUGCUCAACUUCAUCGCCACCGACACGGUGCUCUUCCAGUACGAUGACGAGACGGACCUGCAGGAUCUGCAGGUCAACGAGUGGGACCCGGUGAUCGCCUGGUUUAACCAGCGCUUCGAGACGAACCUGCAGAAGACCAUGGACAUUACGCCGCCACAGGUCAGCGAGCAGGACAAGAUGAGGAUCGCCAAGCACUUGCAGUCAUAUAGCCUGGAAACGCUGCAUGGCUUCAUCUUCGCCGUGGACACCCUGAAGUCGAUCAUCCUGGCCUGCGCCGUCAUCGAGCAGAUGCUGACCGUGGAGAAGGCGGUGGCCCUGGCCCGCCUGGAGGAGGAGUACCAACUUAAGUUCUGGGGUCGCGUGGAGUGGGCCCACGAUCUCAGUCAGCAGGAGCUGCAAUCACGUUUGGCGGCGGCAGUGCUCUUCGUACACCUCAACUGUUCGGAAAACUUUGUUAAGCAAAAGUUAAUUCUUUAAACUAAUUAUCCUUGUUGAAAAUACUUAUAUGUUACGAUCAGUGUUUGAGUUGUUUCUACAAAAGUUGCAAAAGAAGUCGUCUUUCAGCUGGCUUUGACUAUUUGGAAGUAGUAAUAUUAACGGGCAAAGUUGUUUCCUUGUUUUUAAAGUUAAAGUGCCUUUCAACAUGUCAUAUUAUUGCAAUCUUUCAGAAAAUGAUAGCGCAAUAUAAGUUAAAUAUUAUGGGGCGCUUUUUUUGUAGUUUAAAAAAUUAAACUAAUUAGUUUAUCAGAUAAGCUGCCUGAAAAA